AUGAGGCCUCAUUUGUUCACUUUGCCUCUGCUCUCAGGUCUAGCCAGCGUAUCAGCUGCAGCCAACACCGAAAGUGGCUAUCUAGCAACCGUCACCCUCGCCCCAACAGCCUCGGGAGCCGAAGCCUUUGACCUCGAAGAAAAGCGUGCAGAAUGCUUUCAAGCUUGCUACAAGACGUAUGGAAACUACAAGUCUUGUACGAGAGAGGGUGUUGUUCAGUGCUGGUGCAAUGACUCUGUUGAUUGGGUUGAGAGAGAGGAGGAUUGCGUAUGGGAUAUCUGUGGUCCAUCUGCGUAUAACCUCUAUGGGGAUGUUUUGAGUAGAGUUUGUGAGACUGAUACGGCUUCUGCUAGCCAGGCUAUUGAGACUGGAUCAACAUCGUCUGAUGAGAAGGUCACUUCAACUUUGGCAGAGACCGCGAGCAGAAGCACAGCUGAAACUACAAGCAGAGAUGAAACUAGUCAAGCUCAAACAACAGAGACCUCAACUUCUGGUAGUGUUUCCACAACAGCUAUUAGUGAAACAUCAGCAGCAACUACGAGUGCGGAACCAAAUAGUGGUUGGAAAAUGGGUUCAUCGUUGGGUGUUUCGGCUAUCCUUGCUAUUGGUGCAGUCUAUCUUGCCGGAAUGGCGUUUUAA